UGCGUUUAAUGGAUGAAAUAGAUAUGAAAAUUGUUUUGGGGAUUACGAACUGAUGCGUUAUCGGUUAAGAAGUGAUUCCGGGUCAGUGGGAAGGUUUGAACUGCUCUCUGGAAAGUGACCAUUGUUGUAAUCAGGUCGAGGCUGUUAUCAUUUCCACUUGCUGACUUUCUUAGUUUUUUUUUUUUACGGGUUUACAGCAGAAAAACAGUGCAAGCUUUUUAGAGUGUCAUGAAAGAAAUGUCAAGCACCAUGCCUGGUGGGCAGCAGCCUCAGAAACACUAUGGCAUCACCUCUGCCAUUAGCCUUGCACCACCACGAGAAAUAGACCGCCAGUACACCAAGAAGCUCUGUGAUGCUAUGAAACCUUUUGGGGUGUUUGAAGAUGAAGAGGAAUUGAACCAUAGACUUGCAGUUCUUGGAAAGUUGAAUAACUUUGUUAAAGAAUGGAUCGCAGAGAUCAGCGAAUUAAAGAACCUUCCACCAUCCGCUAUUAGCUGUGUUGGGGGCAAGAUAUUCACAUUUGGUUCAUACCGACUCGGGGUGCACACAAAAGGAGCUGAUAUCGAUGCCUUAUGUGUGGCUCCACGCCAUGUAGAGAGAAGUGACUUUUUCCAGUCUUUCUUUGAGAAAUUGAAACAGCACGAAGAGAUUAAAGAUCUUAGGGCUGUCGAGGAUGCUUUUGUACCAGUGAUAAAAUUCAAAUUUGAUGGAAUUGAGAUUGACCUGCUUUUUGCCAGACUGGCCUUACAGUCCAUUCCAGACAACUUGGACCUGAGGGGAGACUCCAUUCUGAGAAACUUGGACAUUCGGUGUAUUCGCAGCCUUAACGGCUGUCGAGUAACUGAUGAAAUUUUAUAUCUGGUGCCAAACAAAGAAAACUUCAGGCUGACAUUAAGAGCCAUCAAACUGUGGGCGAAGCGUCGAGGGAUCUAUUCCAACAUGCUGGGCUUCCUGGGUGGAGUGUCGUGGGCCAUGUUGGUGGCCAGGACCUGCCAGCUCUACCCCAACGCUGUCGCUGCCACGCUCGUCCACAAGUUCUUCUUGGUUUUCUCCAAAUGGGAGUGGCCGAAUCCUGUGCUAUUGAAACAGCCUGAGGACAGUAACCUGAAUUUACCCGUGUGGGAUCCUAGAGUGAAUCCAUCAGACAGAUACCACCUGAUGCCCAUCAUCACACCUGCCUAUCCCCAGCAGAACUCCACGUACAACGUGUCCACGUCAACACGCACCAUCAUGAGCGAAGAGUUCAAAUACGGUCUCAGCGUCACAGAUGAGAUUCUUCAGGGCAAAGCAGAAUGGUCCAAACUCUUUGAGCCACCCAACUUUUUCCAAAAGUACAAACAUUACAUCGUUUUGACUGCCAGCGCAUCCACAGAAGAAAACCACUUAGAAUGGAUCGGUCUGGUGGAGUCAAAGAUCCGCGUUCUGGUGGGAAACCUGGAAAGGAACGAGUACAUCACCCUGGCUCAUGUCAACCCCCAGUCCUUCCCUGGGUCCAAAGAGAACCGCAAUGAGAACGACUUUGUGUCCAUGUGGUUCAUUGGGAUCAUCUUCAAGAAGGUGGAAAAUGCAGAAAGUGUGAACAUUGACCUGACGUAUGACAUCCAGUCCUUCACAGACACUGUGUACAGACAAGCCAACAACAUCAACAUGCUGAAGGAUGGGAUGAAGAUUGAAGCAACACAUGUGAAGAAGAAGCAGCUCCAUCAGUACCUUCCUCCAGAACUGGUGCAGAAGAAGAAGAGGAGCAUAGCAGAGUUGAACCGCAGCUCUAAUGGCGGCAGCUCUAAGCGGAUCUCUCUGGACAGCAGUCACCUGGACACCUCCAGAGACACAGACUCAGGGACCCCCUUCAGCUCCCCAACCAGCAAGCCCCCUAAACCUGCAUCUGACACAGAUGACAGCGUCAGCCCUCCCAAGCAGCUUUUUGUGGAGAGCUCCCCAGCACCCAGUGCAGCACCCAGUGCGGCACCUAGUGCGGCACCUGCUGCGGCACCCAGUGCAGCACCUGCUGUGGCACCUGCUGCUCAAGACCAGGGCAUGUCCAUCCCUGUCAUUGGCUCAAGUGAGUUAUCAGAGAUAAAGGAGCCUCCAGUGAAAACAAGGCCUCCUUCCCCACCAGCCAGCAGCUCCGUCAGCACAGCGCUGAGCGGGAACGUGAAGCCCAACGCCACCAGCAGCCCCAAAGAGGAGCCCAACGGCCUGGACGACUCCAUCAAUGGAGCUCCUACCAAGAGACCACACUCACCUACACAAGAGGACGUGACCAAGAGGCACAAAGACACGGAGGAGGUGUCCAACGAUGACUCUACAUUCAAAGAGCCAUAUCCAGUGUCCUCUGACUGCUACACAUCUGGAGACGGACCUAAUGCUACUCCUCUGUCUGGAUCAAAGGCAAAGCCCAUUCCAACCAUCGAUACCUCAAGAACACAGGUAACCGGUAGACUUCCCAGCAUGGAGCUGCCAGACGCCUCCUCACCUCUGCCAGCCAGUAACAGCUGUCGCGUCGUGAAAAAUUCCAUUAAACUGGCACUCAACCGCCACAACAUCACACCUCCCAAGCCUCCAGUGUCUGAGGGCGCCGUCACCACCGACGCUCCACCUGCCAGCGAAGAAAAGGGCAUGUCCAUUCCUGUCAUUGGCUCAAAAAAUGUGGCACCCAAACACGUGGCACCCCCCGUCGGCAGCUCCAUCCCCACACUAGUGAGCCGAGGAGCCGACCCGCUGAACGGAGCAGCCUCCAAGAGACCCCUCUCCCCCUCUCUGGAGGAACAGGCCAAGAGGCUGAAAGAAACAGAGAAGGCCAGAAUCCACAUAGCCUGAACACACAACCGACAGACUGGGUUCACACACAGACAAGAGGUGGGGCUUUACGGUCAACACCGAGACGAUGACUUCACACGGGGACAGGGAGCGUGUUCAGGUCGGUGAGUGUGAAGUGUGAAGCGGCGGAGUGCGACGCCUCACCUCCAAUCUUUCAGAGAUUACAGAUUUGCCAGUGGAUAGGGGAUUCGGUUAAUGCUGUCUCACUCGCAGCCAGAGGGUGUUCAACCCCGCAGUCACCGAGAUAUGACGAGAAACAAAGCAGCAGUUUUUUUACUCCUCUUCUUCCCUCAGUGUUUAAAAACGUACACAGUACAGAUGGAAAAUGAUCUGUUCUUUUCAUUUUCCUUUUUUUCCAGUUUAACAUGUUUUAAAAAAAAAAAAAAAAAAAGAAACAAACAAAAAAAAAACCCAGGACAUUUAUCGACGCUUGCUACACACAUUUCUGGUGUAUGCUGAUUUUUUGUUUAGUUUUGGUUUAUUUGUCCUUUUCAUUUUCUUUUCUCUCAAACAAAAAACCUGUACAGUAAAUGUUAAUGUACAUAACUUUUUGUCUUAAAAAGAAGCAAAAGAUCACUGUUAAGUCUUUUGACCAUUCUAUUGUAGUUUUAUCUAAAAAGAAAAAAAAAGUUUAAAAAAUUGUAAUUUUUUUUUUGUUUUUUGUUUUUCUCUACUGCUUGUCCAAAACAAAAUGUCUCCAGCCCUGGAUAUUUUUUGUAGACACUGUAUAGGUUUGGAAUACAGUUGCAGGGAGGAUUUAUUGAGGGUUUGCUUGGAUAAUGACAGAAAUCACAACCACAGCUCUUUGGACCAGCGCAACUAGCCAAAGAGGACUCAUGGUUAGUGUUGGGAUUGCAAUGUGAAAGUGAUUGUAGACGCCCAGUGACAUCAGAGCUUCUCAGGUGCCGGUAAGUCCAAGAAAAUCAUCCACAUGACAACGGGAACCAUCGUGCAUUUUCCGGAAGUGUUUCAUUGUUCAGCUCUUGGAAGGAUUAGUACAGAACAUCAGAAGAACCAUAUCGGAAUGCUGAAUUUUAGUCCUUCUGUCAUUGGCUCUUUAGUCGCCUACUGUUCAUCUUGGUCGACGAGUUUUCCGCUCACUUUUCAUGGUGCGUUCAAGCCGUCGGAUAAGUGUGGUUGCCAUAAAAUAGUGAGCACUGAACAGUUCAGACAGUUCUAAGGAUGUGUUUAAAUAUCAGUUUUGUGUAUGUACCUGUGACAGAUUGUCUGACACCUAACAUUAACCUCAACUCCAUCAGGAGGACUAAACAACAAAAACAAAAAAAGGAAUUUGUUCGGGAUGCUGCUUGACCCCCCCCAACCCCCAAACACCCCACAGUCACACCCACCAGUUCAACGUGGUCUGUUUGCUUGUGAAGCUUGUUCCUGAUAAAAAACCAAGUUUCAGUUGUGAGCGCCGUUUUCGUCCAUUGGAAAGUUUGUGGUGCUUUGUAGAAGAAAAAAAAAAUGGUUCGAAGCUUUUUGAAGAGUUGUGCCGGUUUGUGUGUGUGUGCAUGCAUAUAUGGUUGACUGUGUGUGAGCGUGCAUGCAUAGGUGGUUGUGUUUAUGUGUUGGAGUGAGACAGAAUUCCCUUCGUUUUGGGUGUUAACCCUCUGCGCCUCCUGUGGAGGUUCUUAAAAGGCAUCUCCUGGGGCCACAAGUGGUGGUGGUGGGGGGUCAGGAGACAACUUUUUACUUGCCUUGGGCCCCAACUCUCCAUCUUGAAGCUGGGUGUCUGCGUUUGAUUUCAGAACAGAGGAUAUAUGUAUACAGCGACGUGCUAAACGAUGCUAACAAGGCGCCCUCUUCACGGAGCAGGUAGAGAGUUGGGCCGCAGGCUUUUUUUCCAGCACCAGUUUCCCCAACUAAAUGUACAGAGAACAGUUUUUUCAAAAUGCAUAUUCUUCAUUAUUGGGGGUUUUCUUAUCACUUUAUUUAUAUUUGCAUAUUUGUACCAUGUGAUCUUUUUUUUUAAUAGCAUUCAUAGCAGGUAGGUCUUUUUUGAAUGAAAUCUGCACCACUCUGUUUCAGACAACUCAUGUUUUGCUGUUUGAAAGCAUUUAACAAAACAGGUCAUUUAGAUGUUUGUUUCUAAAAUGUAUUGAAAGGGUAUUUUUGUAUGUGUUUAUCACUUCCUUUAAUUGAAUCCGUACACCCAUUAAACCCCUAAAAACUA